AUGAGCACUGGCAUUGCCAUUUUCAUUGCUGCCUUCGGGUAUCCCAGUGGCAGCAAUGAAAAUGGCAAUGCCAGUGCUCAUUCGAGCUUUGUGAGUGGAAGCCAAAUUGAAAACCUCACAAUCAACUGGGGCGUCCCUGCUGCUCCUUCCAUCACUCCCGCGUCUGUCAUUCAAAACUCUACAGAAUUCUACCAAAUCUACCGUCCCUCAGUAGCCAGCAUUAAUGCAUGCUACCCGCCCAUCUCAAUCACCCCCCGCGCCUACCCAGCGAUCUCUUCCUCCUGCCGAAGUUUUGCAGGCGCCUAG